AUGUAUGAGGAGGAAAAUGAGGAGGGCUUGCUCGGUGACGAAGAGAUGUUGUUCGAGUUUGCGCAGGAUAGUGGUUGGAUAGCGCGAUGUUCGCUGGGCCUAAUUGGCUCGUUGCAACCGGUCCUGUUCACACUGCUUCUCUCUGCUAUUUUCAAGCGUUUGGCCACCUUUCUACAUUGCUCAGGUGCUUCUGAGUUCAGCUUUUUGCUGGGGCCUUCAUUCGAUUUUCAGCUGUUUGUACUUAUUAUGCGUUUUGUGCUGUGUAACAGCAUUACAAAAUGCAUAUUGUCACGAGGUUGUCGUUGUGUGUGUGUGUGUGUGUGUGUGUGUGUGUCCCACAUUUUGUCCCGCACUUUCAACUCGAAAACCACAAAAGCUAAGCGGCUGAAAUUUUGGUACAGUGUUCCCCGCCAGCGGAUGACGCGGCAAAUUUAA